AUGAAAGUCACCACUACUACUAAUAACGUGCUCGCCAAUACUAAUAAAAGCAAAAUUGAUGUAGAUCCAGGAAGCUUGAUACAGACAUAUGAACUUAAUGACUAUUUAAAUAACUAUUAUAAGGGUACAUCCUUUUUAGAGGCUACAAAAGAAGUGGCUGAACCUGGGGGUGUGUCUAACCUUCAGGUGAGCCCAGAGGUAAAGGGGUUGCUUAAGGACAAGUUUUGGAGGACCUGGUAUCAUUUGAAGCACGUUCAAGCCGGUCCUUUCGCUGUAUAUAACAAUCCUACGCCCAUUGACAUCAAUGGGCUGUUUCCAGCCACUCCCGACCCUGUAGAGCACGUGGCAGAGACGGCAGCCGUGGCAGCUAUUGGCCCACCCACUGUAGCAGGUGCAGCCGUAAACUCAAACGCUAACAAUAAUCUAGUAAGUGUAGCUCCUGGUACAAAUCAGGUACAAGUCGUGCCAGGAGUAGGCCCAGUCAGCGUAGUUACUCAGGCGCCGACUACAACUCAACAAAAUAAUAAUGAUGAAUUAAAUCGUUCACUAAACGCAAAGGCGGUGCCUACCGAAUUACCGGUCACAACUUCUCCGAGUGGAGAUCCCAACACACCUCCUCUGGCCAACAUUCCGCUCGUUAACGUGAUUGGUGGUAAGAUUAUAAGUGCUCCCGGAGUGAUUCCGGGAGAACACAUGGACAAUCAUCCUCUUUUUACCACAUCCAAUCUGGAUCCAACCGGGUAUUAUAAACUAAAUGUGGAGAAUAUUGGUAGAACCAUCAUCGUAGUGAUAAUACUUUUAUUUCUCGUCGGCGGGUGUGUUUAUAGGAUCAAAACAAGGAAGAGGCCGAAAAAGAAGAGGUAA